AUCGAUGAAUUUAGAUCCACGAGGUACAGUAUACCCCCUAGCCCCUAGCAGUCUGUCUUGUCUCAGGCCGCAAGUAGAUGGCGUCUGACUACACUACAACACAACCAAUACAGCGAGAUAGCUGAGUCACAGAACUAGGUAGGCUACUGUGGAAAAAGCAACAGUACAGAAACGGGUGUGAACACGGUUAUAGAAGCACCUGGCAAUUAUCCGGAAUCGUCUUGAAGAUGUUGUCCAUAACGUUGAAGACUCUUCAGCAGCAAACGUUUAAAAUCGAAAUAGAUCCAGAACUAACCGUAAAAGCCCUGAAGGAGAAGAUUGAGGUUGAGAAAGGGAAGGUUGGCUAUCCAGCCGCAGGGCAAAAGCUCAUCUAUGCAGGCAAAAUCUUGAAUGAUGACAUACCUUUAAAAGACUACAAAAUUGAUGAGAAAAACUUUGUGGUUGUCAUGGUUACAAAGCCCAAACCUCCAGCUCCUCCACAGAUUUCUCCUCUGGCAACCCCAGCCCCAGCCUCUAGCCCUGCUCCCGCCCCUGCGCCUCCUGUUGUUUCUGGGCUGUCCCUGUCAGACAUUACCUGUUCUACUUCUCCUGCCCCCAUGGAGAACUCAACCCUCUCCCCUACACCCACACCCGCCCCUGCCUCAAACCCCACAAAAUCAGUGGAGCCCUCCACACCCCCAUCCCCUGCACCAGCCCCUGCUUCUAUUCCCCCUGAAGCUCUGGGGGCCAAUGCAGCCCCAGCUCCUGCCGCAGCAGCAUGCUCCGUCCCUGUCUCACCCUCAGAGGACAAGCCUCACGGGGAGCACCCCGAACUGCCCCUCGCCACUACGCCAGCCCUCUCCUCCUCUAGCCUUGUUGAUGACUUAAGUCUCUUGGAAGAAGCAGCAUCGAUACUGGUGACAGGACAAGCGUAUGAGAAUCUGGUGUCUGAAAUCAUGUCUAUGGGAUAUGAAAGGGAGCAGGUUAUUGCAGCGCUGCGAGCCAGUUACAACAACCCAGACAGAGCCGUGGAGUACCUGCUAAUGGGGAUUCCGUCUGAGGCUGAUCUUCAGCCAGUGGAAGCGCUCCAACACAGAGUUCUGGCCAACCUCAAUCCCACUGCCCCAGUUCCUGCCCCAGCCUCUGCUCCAGCCUCUGCUCCAGCCUCUGCUCCAUCUUCUGAUCCAGCCACAGAUAUAGCCCAGCCCCCACCAGCAGCCACCAGCGCAGUGUCUUCAACCCAGCAGCCCCCCUCGUCUGGUGGGCUGACUGUUGGGCUACCUGGUGGGCUUACUGGUGGGCUUACUGGUGGAGGUACUGGGGGUGGGAACCCUCUGGAGUUCCUGAGGAACCAGCCACAAUUCCAGCAGAUGAGACAGAUCAUCCAGCAGAACCCAACUCUUCUUCCUGCCCUGCUCCAGCAGCUGGGCAGAGAUAACCCCCAGUUGCUGCAGCAAAUUACCCAGCACCAGGAGAGGUUUGUUCAGAUGCUGAAUGAGCCUCAAGGAGGAGAGAUGGUAGAGGAGGGAGCUGAGGCCCAGGGGGCGCCACAGACUAACUACAUCCAGGUCACCCCACAAGAGAAGGAGGCCAUCGAGAGGUUGAAAGCCUUGGGAUUUCCAGAGGGACUUGUCAUUCAAGCAUAUUUUGCAUGUGAGAAGAACGAGAAUCUAGCUGCCAAUUUUCUGCUCCAACAAACAUUUGAUGACGAGUGAACGUGCCUGCCUUGGCAUGAAGGGGAAGAAUGGAGGGCUAGAGAAUGAGUAAUAGUGCUCCAGAAUGUGCUUUUGAAGGAAGGAGUGGAAAAAGUUACCCAAAGUGACUGGUCUUCCCGGAUGCUUUUCAUUGGACAAAGACGUGAUGUGUUGUUACUGUCAGCUAGGCCUUCUCCAUUCUGAGUGUUAGAUCUCCAUGGUCUCUCUCUCUCUCUCUCUCUCACUGCUGCUAUACCUGCUCCUUGUGCCGUGUCCAUCUAUAGAGUUACAGUGGGCAGCUUGCCCUCACCAUAUAUUGCUUUUCAACCCCUCGCAAAUAAAACCCCAAGCAUACAUUAGCUGGUUGAUUCAUAUUUGUUAUGUAAACCUCAUCUCCUGGGAAAAUAUACUUGAGUAUCCUGUGAUAAAAUGACAAAACCAGCAAAAUGGCCACGGAACUCAAAUGUGUUGUUUGUUUUCUAGGCCGAGGCUGCGAAUCCGACAUUUCUCGACCCUCCGUUCUGACAGCUAAAGGACCCGAAGCUUCUGCGCAUGUGUGUGAUUCUCUACUCUACUCACAGUCUCUGCUCUUCUAAUACAGAACCCCCCCCCCCCCUUCACCUUUCUCACUGUCCAUCGUGAAUGAUAAUUCUUUCAUUUUUACCGGUGAAAUGCCCAUGCAGAAUCUGCAUACCAACCUUGUGAUCUCAAUCAGUUUCAUGGGGAUAUGCAUUUAGAUCUUCUUAUACUGUGUUGUUUAGAAUUAUGUACAGUGAUUGAAUUUUAGAGCAGACGGUACUUGGUUUCAAUCAAAGCAAAUAUUAUGCCUAGUAGAGCACACUUGUGUUUUGGCCACAUGAGAGAAAAAUCCGACCCUUCACACAAUCAUCUUAAAAUCUCAUACGGAAGUAGGUGUUUUUUGUUGUUGUCUUACAGUAACGUUAUACUAUGCUAUUAUAUUUGGUCCUGUUAUGUUGAACACUAUCAUUAUGUGAUGUUGCAGACAUUGAUUUAGCUUUGAUCUAACUUUAGUAAUAAAGCCCCGUUCGUUCACCAGAGCAGAGAGUAGCCUGUUCUCUAUGAGUAGAGCGGAGACUGUACGUAAAGUAGAGAAUUCCGCACAUAUACAGAAGCUUCGGGAACUUUAGCUGUUGGGAAGAGGGGUCCAGAAUCCGCAGCCACUCCGUUGUUUUAUUAUUUGUCUCCACAACGCUUCUUAUUUCUCUCAGCUGAUCAUUACUGUCCAACCUUUCCAAUAUGUUUGGGGAUAUUUUGCCAAUGAAGUGUCCUAUUAAUGUUGGAGAGUUGCUUUGUCACUUUAUUUGACUGUUACAAAGGGAACAUUUCUUUGUAGAAGAGAAGGAUGUUCUGUGAUUGAUGUGUCAUUGUAUUAAAAUAUUAUAACACUGUAAAAUGAGACAUGGUAGAUGGUAGGGAAUACUGAUUUUACAAAAGGAAGUUUUAGCCACAUAGUUUUUUUUCUUAUUUUUUUCGAUAUCAUUGCUCAACAGUUGAAGGCUAGUUGAAGCUGAAAGUCAAUUGAGCCAUGUCCUUAAUAUUAUUUUAGAAUCACUUUAAGCAUAGAAGAAGAUUCUGCUCUCUCUGGACACUUUUUUGUGUGUGUUUUCAUUGCCCCUGAUCCUUAAUGUAUUAUAUCAAAAGAAAUCACGCUGCAAGUUUAUUAACCAUGUAAUUGCUCUCUCAUGCCUCGUGGUUGGUCUCAUUUUGUUGAAGAGUAAUUGUUUGUUUGUGCAAAGUCAUGUACAGCUUUCAAAGGUCUAUCGUUUGUCGAUAUGUAUUUUUCUUUUUGCAUAGAUGAGUGCUAUAGGAUUUACGUUGCCUAUCAAAAGUAAACACCCAUCUCAUAAAAGGUGCUAGAGUGAAGGUAAGUUCUGGAAGUCCUAUAAGCCAAAAGAAAACAAGUAAACAUCCCACAAAACUGGCCUUGGCUUUUCAUUUUUCUCUUGUGUGUAGAUGGGAAAGAUUGACCCAGCAGAAUUUCUGACUGUACAUGGAGUUGAUUUAUGCUUUUGCAAAAGGAAGCACUUUAAUGUGAAGGCUGUUGCUCUGAGAUAUGUAAGGUUGGUUAAUUGCAUGAGUGUAUAACAGAGGCUCUAGCUGAGCUAUGGCAUGCUGUGGAACCACAGGAGUGAUGAUUUCAGCAUCUAAGUUUUAGUUUUUUAGUUUAGUUUUGUUUUCUUUGAAACUACAAUAAAGCAAAAGGGUUUUAGACUUAAAUGCACCACUUGAAGGUUUAUUUAAGGUUAUUAUUUCAGCGUUAUGUCAAAUAAAUAGCUUUUUACAGAG